CCUGUCACUGCUUGUCCUUGUCCGGGUGGGGGGUGGGGUACCAGCCCCUCCUCAACUGCCCAGCAGAGCAAGCAGUUAGUGGGGAGGGGAGGGAACAUGGAGCGGGGGCCUGUGGUAGUGUCAGGGGCGGGGGCCCGAAUCCAGGCACUGCUCGGCUGCCUGUUGAAGGUCCUGCUCUGGCUGGCCUCGGCCUUGCUGUACUUUGGAAGUGAACAGGCCGCUCACCUCCUGGGCAGUCCCUGCUUACGGCGCCUCUACCAUGCCUGGCUAGCCGCAGUGGUCAUCUUCGGACCCCUCCUCCAGUUCCAUGUCAACUCUCGGACCAUUUUCGCCAGCCACGGCAACUUCUUCAACAUAAAAUUUGUGAAUUCCGCAUGGGGCUGGACAUGCACUUUCCUCGGGGGAUUUGUGUUGCUGGUGGUAUUCCUGGCCACACGUCGAGUGGCGGUGACAGCCCGGCACCUGAGCCGGCUGGUGGUGGGAGCAGCGGUAUGGCGGGGGGCUGGUAGGGCCUUCCUGCUCAUUGAAGAUCUGACAGGCUCCUGCUUUGAGCCUCUGCCCCAAGGACUGCUGCUCCAUGAGCUGCCUGACCGCCGCAGCUGCCUGGCUGCCGGCCACCAGUGGCGGGGCUACACCGUAUCCUCCCAUACCUUCCUACUCACUUUCUGCUGCCUGCUUAUGGCUGAGGAAGCAGCAGUGUUUGCCAAGUAUCUGGCCCAUGGGCUGCCUGCCGGUGCCCCCUUGCGUCUCGUCUUCCUGCUCAACGUGCUGCUGCUGGGCCUCUGGAACUUCUUGCUGCUCUGUACCGUCAUCUACUUCCACCAAUAUACUCACAAGGUGGUAGGUGCUGCAGUAGGUACCUUUGCCUGGUACCUCACCUAUGGAAGCUGGUAUCAUCAGGCCUGGUCCCCAGGAAGCCCAGGCCAUGGGCUUUUCUCUCGCCCCCGCUCUAGUCGCAAGCAUAACUGAAGAAAUAAAGGCACACAAGGCCUGGC